UGUUUUCUGUUGUUGGUCAAUAUUUGUUUUGACCACUCAUAUUGCUGGAGGCUUACAAAUACAGUAAAAGAUAUUGUGGCUGAUGACUCGACUAAGGAGACCUCUAAAGUACAAACACAACGUUGCAAAACACUGUUAAUAAUACAAUGCAGUGCAACAAUAUAUGCCUACAAACUGAUGUUGUCAUCUCCUUCCUCUCUAGUCCCGCCCCUUGACAUGAUUGACACAGGGAAAGCAUUGAAGGUACAAACAGCCAUGCCCCAUCUGGUGAGCCUCGGCAGCGGUAGGCUGAGUAUAGCUAUCACACUGCUGCCGCUUAACGAAGGAGUGACCCGCAUUGGAGACGACGCCCCAGUACCCCAAGACAUCAGCAUCGAGGGGCCCGGGAUUGAGGCAGAGCACUGUCUUAUCUUCAAUGAAGGAGGGGUGGUCACUCGACCCUGCGGUCACCUCUGCAGUCUGGACGGAGUGCAGGUCACUGUUCCCACACCACUCACUCAGGGUUACUCCUUGUGUCUGGGUAAAUCGUACUUCUUCCGUUUCAACCACCCUGAGGAAGCCAGCAGAAUGAAGAGCAUGCUUCCCCCCAAGAGCCCUGUGUCCCCGCUGGCCUACAGCACAGACUAUCUCAAGUUCAGCAGCGACUACGGCCACUCGCUGGUGGGCGGGGCCAACAGUGGGCGGGGCAUGCGCUCCGCCUCGGAGCUGCGGGACCUGAUGGACACGCUGCAGCGCAAGAAGCAGGCGCUGGAGAACAGCCUGCGCGCCAACGGGGACGCCAACCCCUCGUACUUCAGCAUGACUCAGUCUCCACCCACCACGCCUGCCGCCGUGUCCUCGUCCUAUCAGGAGCAGGCCAAGCGUUUCUACGGCUCCGAGCGCCCGCCCCUCUCCCUGAAAGGCAUGGCCCCUCCCUCCCCGUCCCGCCGCUCUGACCCCUCCUCUUCCCGCUCCUCGGCCGGCCGCACCCAACCGGCCAACCAGCCGGGCCAAUCCCUGCUGACCACGUGGAACGGGGGCGGGUCUUCCCACUCUGUCGCCGGUAGCGACAGCUUCCUCCUCUCGCCCCCCGCCUCCUCCUCCCCGUACCCCUCCCCCCGCUCUCCCUCGGCCGGGGGUGCGGCCAGCAUGCCCUCCAGCCCCCGCCUGGGCCGCCGUAGCUACGGCAACCAGGAGACGCCGCCCGUCCCCAGGGCCAGGAAGUACUCGGCGGGCUCGCUCAACUCGCUGUCGACGGCCGGCAGCCACAGCCGCUCGCUGCCGCGCCUCUGCCCCCCCCCCUCGCCCCGGGACCACCAGCACCACCACCACGGCGUCGGCGGCAGCAGCAACGGCGCCAUGACCCUCACGGCGCUGCAGGCGCGGCGCGGCGACCCCAGCGGCGCCUACAGGCCGUCCCGGGACCACCACCCCCACCACAACCACAACGGCAACAACAGCUGCGGCCAGGCGCCGCGGCACGGCGGCCCGAGCCACGGCGCGGCGCACGGCGACGGCUUCCUGUCCAUCUCCCUCUCCAGCCCCCAGUCCCCGGCCCUCCUCCUCUCCUCCCCUUCCUCCUCGCCGUCCCCCUACUCCCCCUACUCCCCCGCCGCCGGCAGCACCGCCUCCCCCUUAGUCUCGCCCGCCCCGAGCUCCGCCGGCGGCCCCACCCCGCCCGACGUGACCCUCCCGUCCAAGGCGGGGGGCUCGUCGUCCCCCCGCGUCGCCAAGAAGCUCAGCCUGACCUCCACCAGCUCCCUGGCCUCCCUCAGCCCGGGGGGCUCCGGCCCCGCCGGGGAGAAGGAGCGGCCGGUGUUCGGAGAGAGGGGGGCUUCGUUCGGGAAGGCCGGCCUGGAGGCGGGGUCCGGCUUCGGGGAGAGGAGGCAGUCGUUUGGCAAGGCGGGGCUAGGGCCCGGCCAGCCGCCGCAGCCGGGGGCGUUCCGGGAGCGGAGGGGCAGCAUCAGCUCGCUGAGCGGGAAGGAGGAGCUCUCGGACUACCACCUGAGGCAGCGCGACGAGAGGCUCCGCGAGCAGGAGGUGGAGAGGCUGGAACGCCAGCGGCUGGAGACCAUCCUGUCCCUGUGUUCGGAGCUGGGGGCCCAAGACCACGAGGAUGAGGGCCCCGGGGCCGGCUCGGCCGCGUCGGACCUCCAGAAGAUCAACCAGGAGCUGGAGAAGCUGCGUCUCUAUGACGACGACGACGACGACGACGACGACGACGACCGGGACGGCGACGAUGAGGUCACCAUCGACGACGACGACGCCACCGCCGCCUCCGUGUUCUCCGACGUCUCGGCCCUCAACGGCAGCGUCAACGGCGACCGGGACGGCGGCCCCCUCUCCCCGGAGAACGGUUACUAUGACGACGGGCCGCGGGCGCGCCACCGGCGCAGCAGCGGGAACCGCGACGGCAGGGCGGAGUCGCCGGCCGUCAGUCUGCGGAGCUCCGCCCCUUCCCCCUCCCCACGCAUGCAAAGGACCAAUGAGAUGGUGGAGGAGGGGGCACGGCAGCGGCGUGCGCAGGAGGCCCGGCGGACGGAGGAGGAGCGCGUCCAGGUGCUGGACAACAUGGAGGAGCUGGAGCAGAAGGUCAAGGAGCUCAGCAACCAGAUGGAGGAGUCCGUCCGGGAGGUGGAGGUGGAGCGUGCCCUGGUGGAGGCGGAGCAGGAGUCGGAGCUGGCUGCGCUCCAGAGGGAGAAGGACGGCCUGGAGGACCUCCACAGCAAGAUGGACGCCCUGGAGAGCAGGGCCCAGACGGAGAAGGACAAGGCCUGCGAGCUGUUGAGCAUAGAGAGGGGCAGGGUAGAGAGGUUGGCUCAGAGUGUGUGUGAACAGCGCACCCUGCUGGACAGCUGCCCUGAGGCCACCAAGGAGCCGCUGCAGGAACAGCUGGUCAGGGACUGCGAGGCCCUGGAGGCGGAGUCUAAGCGCUUCGAGGACCUGGAGUUCCAGCAGCUGGAGAGCGAGAGCCGGCAGGACGAGGAGAAGGAGAACCAGACGCAGCACCUCCUCCGCGAGGCCGCCGACUACCAGCGCAGCAUGGUCACGCGCAAGGAGCGGUUACUUACCCUUAAGAAGCAGGCCACACAAAUUACCCAGCAGGCACAGAGAGAGAAAGAGUGCUUCCUGAAGGAGAAAAGCAACCUGGAACAGAUGCUACAGAGGGAGAAGGAAAACCUCGGCAGUCUGGAGAGAAAAUAUGCUGACCUCACUGGGGGGCGGGGCUUCACCUUGAGGGAGAAUAAAGCAAAUCUGGCUGACGUGUGUCGAUCCCCUAGCGACCGUUGUCGUGACAACGCUCUGUUUCCUCCUCCUCUUCCUGCUGACUUGCGGGCCCUCGCAGCCCUUCUUUCCUCUCUCUCUAGAAAGAACGCAGAGGGUUAUGUCACAGUCAGUGAAAUCAAUGACAUUUACUCCCAGCGCGGGGGGGACUCUAAUCCCGCCCCUGCCCCCACUUACACCAAUACCUCCCCCGAAUCCGAGCUUAGCUCCUCCCCCGACGACGGAGCUCCAAAAUCGUCCGAGGGUGAGCACUUCCGACAUCUGGAGGAGAGGAAGCGGUACGAGAAGGAGGGCGGGACUCACAUGAGUGACACCUUACCCAGGAAGAGGACCACGCCCCCCAUGCCCUCCCAGUUCUCCUGCGCCACGCUCGGACGCAGCUACCCCAACAAGCCCCACCAACCCUUGGCGCAGAGCUCCAGCUGUGGCAGCUUCCUACCCAGAAUGCUCUCCGUCUCAAACAAGGAGUCAGAAUCCCGUCGUCUGCAUAAAGGUCAACCUUCCUCCAGAGCGGCGUCCCAGACCAACGUGUACCUCGACUCGUUUGGUUACCGUGACAACCAGCCCUUCGACACCAUGAGCGUGGACAGCUCGGACUCCAUAGACACCAGCAUCUCCGCCUGCUCCCCCGACAACGUCUCCAGUGCCAGCACGUCCAACGUGGCCAGGAUGGAGGAAAUGGAACGUAUGCUGCUGGAAGCUCAAGCAGAGAAGAGCCGCCUUCUGGAGCACAAGGAGCAGGAGAUGGAGGUGCGGAAGCAGGCGUUUGACGAGGAGCGGCGGCGGCGGGAGGACCUGGAGAAGAGGCUGCAGGAGGAGACCAGCAGGAGGCAGAAGCUGAUCGACCGAGAGGUCAAGCUGCGGGAGAAGCAGAGGGCCCAGUCGCGACCUCUGACCCGCUACCUGCCCGUGCGCAAGGACGACUUCGACCUGCGCUCGCACAUCGAGUCGGCCGGCCACAGCGCCGACACCUGCUUCCACCUGUCGCUCACGGAGAAGACCUGCCGCGGCUACCUGGUCAAGAUGGGCGGCAAGAUCAAGACCUGGAAGAAGCGCUGGUUCGUCUUCGACCGCAACCGCCGGACGCUGUCCUACUACGCAGACAAGCAUGAAGCCAAACUGAAAGGAGUCAUCUACUUCCAAGCCAUCGAGGAAGUGUAUUACGACCACUUGAAGAACGCGCACAAGAGCCCCAACCCGUCCCUGACCUUCAGCGUGAAGACCCACGACCGGGUCUACUACAUGGUGGCCCCCUCCCCCGAGGCCAUGAGGAUCUGGAUGGACGUCAUCGUCACCGGCGCCGAGGGCUACACCCAGUUCAUGGUGUAGCCACGGCAACCACUCUCCACUGUGUCACACCUGGGACCCCCCCUGAUGGAGUAUCUAGAGGAGUUUUUAUAGCUUUAUUUUUUUGAUGUUUUUAUUAUGUUUUUCUAAAUGGCUGUCAAUCUCAUUCCGAGGUGUGUGUGCGUGUGUACGUGUCUGUGUGUCUAUGUGGCACACUAAUGACUUUGAUUUAAUGAACAAAGUGUGACUAUGUGUGUCUCUCCUAAGAGUCUUUCCCUAGAUGUAUAAUAAGAAGAGGUUGAAGAAUUAUUAUUAACAGAUUGCUGUUAUUUAAUGACAAGCAUAGUUAUUUUGAUUUGUGAUGGAGGAAGGGAUUUCUCAGGACACUGCUCAAUCAUGAAUCAAUGAGCAGUGUCCUUUAAAACCCUUUUGUACACCUGUUUGAGAGAAGGUGUAUUCGUAGAUUUACGGUGCCUUUUAAACCAGAGCAAUGCUUUUAUCCAGUUGAUUUUCUUGGAAAAUUAUAAAUAUUGUGCUUGCAGGAAUUUGACCGAAUUGUUGGUUAGCCAUGCAGUGUCUUUAUAGUGAAAUGUAAAUACAUAUUUCUGUUUUGUUUCUGUUAUAUAGUGGACUCUUUAUAUACGAGACUACACCCAUGUUUAAUGGUCAACAUGUGAUGUAUUUUGAUAUGUUGAAUGACCAUUACAUUUGCAAUUAGGAAUAUAUUACAUUGCAGCCAUUGCGAAAUUGGAGUUUAUUUUAUUGCCUUUAUUUUGGUGCUGAGAGAUGAAUUUGCGUGUGUAAAGGUCCAAUGAGUGUUACUAGAGGUCACUGAAUUAUUUUUGUUGUAGGUUUGUGGUGCUAUUUUAAUUGGCAUUGAAGUUCAAUAGACAUUGGAAUUAAUUACACCUAUGAACUCUUCCUAAAUCCUGUCUCUAAAUUGUUGUUAAUAUAUUUUGUGCGGUUCACCAUCUUAGAAAAAGAGAUGGCAUACUGGGCAUUUGGAUGAACAGGUUUGUGAAUUCAAACUCAAACAGCUUGACCAUGACACCCGUAAACCAGUGAUAAUUUAGAUAAUAAUAAUAAUUAUACAUGGGCAUGUUGAAUUACCACUUGGCCUUCUGUUUAUAUCUCACAUGUAUUAUACGCUGUAUCAUAGUUGAGCUUUGUCAUACAACAUCUCUCAAACUUUUUGUGUCGAGACAUACAUUGCGUUGUAUUGAACUCUUUAUUAUCCACUAUAAUCACAAAGACAUUGAUGCAUCUAUUAGCAUGUAUCAAUAGGUAGGCCGAAAGAAGAAACUGAAAUAGAUAUGUGCCUUUUAUUGUGAAAAGGUCAUUUUAAAAGAAGGUUGGCAUUUGAAACCGACGAGGAAAUACGACAAGGAAGAUUUGAGUUGGUAUGGAAUCAAAUCCCACAUCUAUUGUCAGACACACUGAGCUUGUGGCUCCACCAGCAGAGAGAACUUUUACUUUGGAAUCUACAAGUACUAUAUUUUACAUGUUUUAUUUGUAUUUGUAUCAAGUGGCCAAUUUACAAAACAAAUACAGAUUAUAUUAUAUUUAUGUUUUUAACAAUGCAUGUAUCUUUCUAUUUUAAUAUCAAUAAAAACAAUAUUCGUAA